AUGGCGAAGCGCUCUAAGCGCGGACUGGAAGCCCUUUGCGGCAACAGGGCCGGCGGCAGCUGGGCAGCUGGGCAGCCGGGCAGCCAUGUCGUGAUGGGCCAUGGCCAUGGACCGAUGGGUGGACGACGGGCGGGCGGCGGGCUCGAUGGGUGGGAGUGCGGAGGAGUCAGCCACAAGUUGAUAUUUUCGCAUUCGCCUGUCGUUGCCGGGUGCUUAUUGGAGAGCCUGGCACGCUGCUCAUCCCAUGCCCCGCAUCGUGCAGCCCAAGCCCGUUCGUUCGCAGUCGGCCACAUAGAUAGAUGGCGAUGGGGUCAGAUGCAUGGCCCGACACGGCACCCGCUCAUCCUCGCCAUGGCCCUCGUCGGGCUUCUGUCACACUCGGGGCACUCGGUGCUUGUCGACAUUCCAGAGCGUCAGCAAAGCAGGCAUGUGCUGCAGCCCGCCAUGGACGUCAUGCACUCAUGCGUCCGCCCACGCCGUCGCUGGACGAGAGAGAGCCCCGACAGGCUGCAUCGAGGCCGCCGCUGGGCCAAGUGCAAGUGCAAAGGCGGCAUGGGAUGGCAUGCCUCGACGACGGCCUGCUAA